ACCUGCAAAAUUGCAAUGGGUACAUAACCCGUGGCUGACGUUUAAUUUUAUUUAUUUAUGAUAUGAAAUAAAAAUUGUACAUUUGUAUAGUGUUUUAAGAAUAAUAUCCGUGUUUAUUUUUAUCGACUUUUAAUAAUUAUAUAGUUCAUGAAUAAGAAAUAAUGUCCUUCGAGUACUUGCCCGUGGCUGAAGACGAAAACGAAGAACCCAUAGAAUUGCCUAUCGAAGAAGAUGGAACAUUAAUGCUAACUACUGUGUCAGCACAGUUCCCUGGCUGCUGUGGUCUGAAGUAUCGACACCCAGAAACGAAAAACAUCAGAGGGAUAAGGUUAAGAGAUGGCAGAUUGUAUCCUCCCCCUGAAGGAUGGGGCAACCAAUUAUACAUUUGUAGCUUCCCUAAAGAAAAUAAAAGAAAAUCUGGUGAAAACUCCGAAACCUCUUUAAACAAGAAUAAGAGGAAUGAUAAUUUGUGUUCUGAUUUGAUUGUCCUUGGCCUACCUUGGAAAGCGACUGAGCAAACUGUACGUGAGUAUUUUGAAAAAUUUGGAGAAGUUUUAAUGGCUCAACUGAAAAGAGAUCCUAAAACUGGAAUGUCUAAGGGUUUUGCUUUCAUACGAUUUGCCUCCUACACUUCCCAAAUGAGAGUUUUAGCGCAGAGGCACAUGAUAGAUGGUCGGUGGUGUGAUGUUCGGAUACCAAAUUCUAAAGAAGGCUCAGUUGCAUCAAUGCCCUGUAAAGUGUUUGUGGGACGCUGUACAGAAGAACUGACUGCUAAUGACUUGAGAGAAUACUUUUCACAGUUUGGUGAAGUAACUGAUGUAUUUAUUCCAAAGCCAUUCAGAGCUUUUAGUUUUAUAACAUUUUUGGAUCCAGAAGUAGCGCAAAGCUUGUGUGGGCAAGAUCAUAUAAUUAAAGGUGUAUCUGUAAAUGUUUCUAAUGCAUCACCCAAACAAAACAAGAGUGGUGCUAACCAAAGGAAUUUACCAAGUAGAAAUUAUGAAGAGGGGCACCCGCACAGCGUGUCAAACAACAAUUCUUGGAGCAGCCGUAAUAUGGAUAUGGUAAAUAUGCAAGCUCUUGGUAUGUCAGGUCAACAUGGACAGACAGCCGUGGCAGGUGGAGGUGGGCAGGCUCAAGGGGGCAGCAUGCCGAUAGGGAUGGGUGGGUUGCCCGUGAACCAAGCUCUGGUUGCAGCAGCUCUAAACCAGGCAGGCUGGGGCCUCAUUAACAACAUACCGUCAGGUGGCUCCGAGCAAGGUGCCUUCGCUGGUCCCGCUUCAUCUGCUCCUCCCGGUCCACCAAACUUCCUCUCCUGGAUGCAACAAGGUACUUCAGCACAAGGACCUUCUAGUCAAUGGGGACAAAGACACCAGUCCCAAGGCCACUCCGUUUGAUCCAAUAUCUGAUUCAACAAGCUCAUGAUAAUCACUGUGAUUGUAGCAACAAUUAGAUAAAAUGUCAUUUGUUUUUAAAUACUUACUACAAAUGGGUUGUUCUGUUGGUGAAGAGUGGUACCUUGCGUGCUACUGAUGUUAUUUAUUUAUUAUGGAUUUGCUUGUGUUUUGUUGAUUUUCUUAAACCUAUAAAAUAUAAUACCUAAAUAAGGUUGGUGUAGUAAUACCCCACCCUUACUUUGAGUGGUAGAUAAAUUGUGUAUGUUUAUUAAUUAAUAUUUAAUAUAAAUGUUGGUGUGCUUUUAUAAUUUAUCAUAUUCAUUAUUACUUGAUGGCCUCUUUCACUUUGAUUAUAAUUUUUUGCUUAUCAUGAUCAUUGCUGUUAGCCAGAUUUAUUUUUCUUCAAAAUAUGCAAUGACUAAUUCAUAAAAGAUAAAUCAUUGAAUUUAUUAGGUUUGUAUGGAAACAAAAACUUCAAAAAUGAAAAAAUGCUUAGUUAAAAAAAAUAGUUGCCACAAUUCAAAUACUUUUAAUAAAUAACUACCUACUUUUACUUGAAAGCAAGCAACAAUGUGCUUGGAGUUGUACCAUACAAUACAUAAAAAAUUUGUUUGCUUGUUGAAAGAUUUCAACUUCAAAUAAUGUAAAAAGGGGCUAUUUCUAGGUGUAUAAUGUGCCUACCACACAUAAUAAUUUAUUUGUUUUUAAUGAGUAUCAGGUUUUUUUUCUCACAAAUUGUGUAAUUUAAAUUAUAUUUUAAUUUCACCAAUUAUAUUCAAUGAAGAAUACAGGGUGGGCCAAAAACUUUUGCAAAUAGCAACGCUUGAUUUCUCGAUAACGGUCCGAGGUUGGGAACUUGGGACGCGUGGCGUGGGUGAUGUUAAACUGUGCAUAAUUUCAUGAAUUUUUAGUCACUAUUAUAUGGAGCGUUUCACGGGACAACAGUGCUUUUUGUGUAUUUUUUUUACCAAUGUAAUGAUUCCUGUGGAACUGUUUAGAACUGGCAGAAUACGCCGUGUGUUCAAUUGUUAAUUAAUCAGAGCUUGGGUUGAGAAGUUCGAGCAAACGGGAUCGAUAACCAACAUUAAAAAAACAUUUUGGAUACGGUAUAAUCUGUUUACUUAGGAUGACAAAAAAUUCAUGAAAUUGCAGUUUCCCUCCACCCACGCGUCCCUACCUCGAACCGUUUUCGAAAAAUCAAGUGCAUUGCUAUUUGCAAAAAAUUUUGGCCCACCCUGCACUUUCUUCUAACCUGCUAGUACUAUUCACAUUAAUUGGAUUGACAAGGUAGGGUCCUGUAAUGGCUUAGAGUUAACAGAAAAAAUAAGUAAUGGCAUUUUUAUCAGUCGAAAGAUUUAUCAUUAGUUUAUUUUUUGCCCGAUUGCGACGCGAAUUAUAAAUUGGCAUUAAUUUUUAUUAUAGAGAGUGUCCCAAAAUGGGUGACCCAAAUUGCUAUGGGAUGGGAUUACGUUUUAUUUAUUUUCUUAAGUUUAAGCUUAUAAUUAAUCCGUUUUGAGUUUAUUUGCACCCAUUUUAUGUUUAUUUUCAUACUAAUAAUAAUUGAAAGUGAUUGUUUUGUUUCACUGUAAUAAAACUUUUAAAAAUAAUGACUAGACUGGGAGUUCAGAGCACUUUAUUAUUUUUUCUGUUCUAUUAUACAGUGUGAGUCACGUUAAAGUGUACAUAUGAAAAUAGAUGAAACUAGACCUAUUUUUAUCGACAAUUUCGCGCCCGGAGAGGCUUAGUUCAAACGGUCAUAGCAAAUGUUGUGAUAGGGAUAGAGACAUGCGAUUUUUGGUUUUACAAAGAUAAUACGAUAGAGAAUAAUACAAAGUAAUAAAAACCACCUGUUAUAGGGGCAUUUUUUGGAGAAAUUUAUCAAAUAACCAAAAAAACACGAAUUUAAAAGCAGAUUUUUUUCAAAAAGUAUCAUUUUUUAUUAUUUGUUGGCAUUUUUUGUGUAUUUUAUGAAUUUUUUUAGUAUUGCCUAUUAUUUAGCAUUAUUACUGUUUUUAUUUUAUCAGGAUAUACCGCUUAGUUUAAAAGUUAUUACGUUUUCUUUAAGUAAUUGGAAGAAAAAAAAUCUAUAAAAAAUUUAAAAAAAUAUCAAAAAAAUUUUGACGUCUUUUUGUCGAUAAAAAUAGGUCUAGUUUCAUCUAUUUUCAUAUGUACACUUUAACGUGACUCACACUGUAUUACGGGUAGAGAUGUGCCGCUGAGAAAGUUCUCGUUCCCGGCAAUAUUCCCAGUGAGAAUAUUCUCGAGAACCGAGAACGCUCCCGGGAAUAUUCUCAGUGUUCUCGACAGAACACAUUUAGUUUUAUUUUUAAUUUGUUGUUUAUAUGUGAUAUUAUUUGUAAUGUUUCGAUGUUUUAUUAACUGGGCGUUAAGACUAGUCGUUAUAAACAAGGCAUGAAACGAGUGAGUGAGAUAUUGCUGUCUUGCUCACUCUUUUCGUGGCGAACGCGUACCGUGGCUUUAGGACUCGGCUACGGUAUUUGAACAUCAGUGUGCCUCUGAGUUUUAAGGCCCUUGCCACCCUGGCGGAUUGCAAGCGGAUUCAAAGUGGAUUUAAAGCGGAGUGGCGACGCGACGGAGAAACCGCGUGAAAAUAUCGUAAAGCUCUCCAAAGGCUGCCCACCCGAGCUGGAUUCGAUGAUUGACCUUUUUAUCGAAGUUGGACCUACCUAACUGACUGUUUGUCCCAGGUAUACAUUAUUGUUAACAACCUCGAGUGUAGAGUCUCAAACAUUUAGAGGAGUGGGUGCAACACGGUCUUUAGACAUGAUUUUUAAAUCUUGUCUAUGUUCAUUUUGAGACCCACUUGUUGAGAGACUAUUGAGGCCAUCGAGCAUUGUGCCUAGAUCUUCCACGAUCUCAGCCAUGACUACGAUAUCGUCUGCUGUCUGGGUGAUGUACUCGCCGUUGAUAUUUAUGCUGAAUCUGCUCCAGCCCAGAAGCUUGAAAACAUCUUCCAGGGCGGUGGUGAUGACGUCUCCCUGUCUCACCCCUCGCUGCAACUGGAUAGGUUUCGGGUCCUGAUCUUAAAACGGACUGUCACUGUGGCGUGUUUGUACAAGCCUUUCAACACUUUAAUGUAUCAAUAGUCAAUUUGGCACAGUUGAAGAGACUGAAGCACUGCCCAUGUUUCAAACGAAUCGAAGGCUUUCUCAUAGUUCACAAACGCAAAGUGGCUGAUUAUACUCCUUGAUCUUCCGUAUAAUCUGCCGUUGCGUAUAUUAUUAUGGUAUAUGGUACUAAAGCCUUUUCGGAAACCGGCUUGUUCGGGGGGCUGAAAGUCGUCGAGCCUGCUAGCGUGACGUGAAUCGAACAGCUUGUAGACAUGGUUCAGAAGCGAAAUGGGUCUAUAAUUCUUCAACAAGAUUUUGUCACCUUUUUUGAAGAGGAGUAUUACCAUUCUUCUAAGGGCAGAAACUGCGUUAAGCGGGCCCCGACGCGGUUUCAUACAAAGUGCUCCGUCGCGGGCACCCACGCGGGGGACUUUCGUAUGAAACCGCGCCGGGGCCCGCUUAACGCAGUUUCGGGCUUAAGUGUCGGAUCAAUCUAGCUAGCACGUAUUUUCUCUAAAAAUGUGUCAAAUGAUCCGUCAGACAGGCUAUCCACAACUUAUCCAGAAGUGGCGAAACAGGCCCUUACUAAGCGAUUGUGAAAUAUGCCCUUAAUGUCAAAUAAGAAUAGUUUAAAAAACUAAAAACACGCUUUUAAUUACUAACAGCACUAAAAAGCUAAAAAUCAUCAGGACCCUGGACAUCAUCUAGCAUUAAAGUGCUCGAAAAGACAAAUCCAACGAAUCCAAACUCGAUGAGUUUCCGCCGUUUCGUUUAGGAGUUCCUAUGGCUACCUUCUGACUCCAUCAUUAGGACCCUGGACAUUAUCUAGCACUUAAAGAUCUCGAAAAGACAUCCAAUGAACCCAAACUCGAUAUGAUUCCGCCGUUUCGUUUAGGAGUUCUUUUGGCCACCUUCCAGUCCCAUCAUCAGACCAGCUGGUACCACAAUAUUGUAUUGUCAUUUCUAAUCUACAUAUAAUUGCCAAGUUUCAUGAUCAUACAAGACUUAGAAGUGCGUGUAAUUCAGAUUCUAAGAUUCCAUUACAUAGUUAGUUACGUACACGACGACCUAAUAAGAGCGUGUUAAAAACGAAAAAUGGACAGUUACAUUAUUUAAUUACGUAUAAAAAGAAAUUUCUGCCAUCUUACAUAUCAUUAAAACGACAUUUCACGACGAAAAAAAUAAAAUAAAAUAAAGGUGCAGUUGCCAAGAAUAUUGCCGAGAAAGUUCCCGAGAAUAUUCUCGGGAACACUGAGAAUAUAGCCUUUCACUGCAAAUAGAGUGUAUUGUUUAAUAUACACUUAUCUGUUGACUUCAUUUAAUACUAUUUUACUUAAGAAAGUUUGUUUAUUUCCAUUUGAUAAACAUGAUUCUCAACCUUUCUCACUUAGGAGAACGCUCCCGGGAACGCUCCCGAGAAUAUUCUCAGUUGAAAGAGCGUUCUCGGGAACGGCACAUCAAUAAUUACGGGUAGAUCAGAGGUCAAGCUGCCUCCCAUGGCAAUUUGAUUCACCCAUUCUGGGACACCCUGUAUUUAUAGAAAAUGUGAUUUUGUAAUUUAAAAAUGGGUACACUCGUCAUUUGUUUUUGUAUCGUAUCGUACGUGAUACACAUCGCCUUGCAUACACAUCCAUCGUUUCAUCCCGAAAAAUAGUGCUGAUGCUUAAUCUAUUUGUAAUUUUUUUCACCCUGUGUCUACAAAUUAAUGCAUAACUUGUAAAUUAGCUGAUUGACUAAAAGAUUCAAAAUGCUUUCCUAAACGCCUUAACUUUUAAAGUACAAUAAAAAUAUUUUAUAUCCCUCUGACAGGGCAAAAACGAUUAUUAAAAACUAUUAUACCUUUUUGUAGAAACAGAAAAAUCUUUUGUUGACUUGACCUGACUUACUUUUUGGGUUAAAAGAUUCAAAAUCCCUUUUCUACUAUUUAUCGUAUCAAUAUUGACUUAACUUUGUAAUCUUUAGUUACCAAUCCAAUGUGUGUAGUGGUGAACGACCAACCGCGACAAUACAAAUAAAAAAAACAUUAGGUGGACUUGGAUUUGUGAAUCAUAUUCUGACCAAUCAAAUCGGCAACCAUACACAAUCUGAAUACACAUAUGUACUUAUUUUAUUCAAUAAAACACAAAUUUAAAUUAGAAAAUCAGGAAUAUGCCCCAAAAAUCCAUUUGAAACUUAAUUAAUAAUACAGGGUGGCCCAGAAGAAAAUUCACUUUUGAAAAUUCAAGGAAACGAAAACUGUACAUUUUUUGUAGAACUUUAACUAUUGCAAUUUAAAGGAAAUUUAGUGCAAUUUAUUUUAAAAUUUACUUUUAAUUUUAUAAUUUUUAUCGUACAUGUGAUUCCCUUGACGUUUACAACAUUCGGUCAACAUACAUCAACAUUUUGGAAAACUUUCGUUAGAGUUACCUCGAAAUGGAUUCAGGAUGGAUGAAUGCUGCAGAGUUUUUGGAUUAUUAGAGUAUACUCUGCUCAUAAGGUAACCCCACAAAAAGAAGUCUGCUGGAAUGAGAUUAGCGCUUCUUAGAGGCAGUGAGAUUUCACCCCUGCUUAAUUGGUUUGUUGCAUUGAAAGGAUGAUUAAUUUUUGAGAGCGCUAUGCUGGUAGGCUGAAAAGCUUUUUGAUUUCAAAGCUGCAAGAUUCGCAUGGGGCUACGUGUCACACUUCAAAUGAGAGCAUUUAGAUGGUAAGAGACAUGUUCCCACAAAAAAAUAAUUUCAGGCAGGGGUGACAUCUCCUGGCCACCAGGAAGCCCUGAUCUCACUCCAGAAAAUUCUUUUUUGUGGUGUUAUAUUAAGAAUAGAAUAUACUUUUAUAAUCCAACAACCAGCAAGUGAAGCAACUGAAGCUGAGCAUUCGGCAAAAAAAAAUAGGUUUCGAGGUAAUUCUAACGAACGCAUUUCAAGAUUUUGAUGUAUGUUGAUCGAAUGUUGUAAACGUCAAGGAAAUCUCCUGGGCGAUGUAAUUUAAAAAAGGUAAAUUCAAAAAUAAAUUGCUUUAAAUUGCAAUAGUUAAAGUUCUAUAAAAUGUACAGUUUUCGUUUCCUUGAAUUUUCAAAAGUGAAUUUUCUUCUGGGCCACCCUGUAUUUCAUACAUGCCUACUUACUGGCUAUUCUAAAAAGUGUUAUUCUGUUGGGUUUUUUUUUCAAUUAAUAUUAUUUGAUGACUAUAAUGAAAAAUGUAUAAUAAUGGUACGAUUUUUUUGUUUUGCCAUAACUAUAAUAGAAUCAAACAAUACUUCUAGAAUUAGGGGAAACUGCUUUUGUACAUUAAUAGAUAAUAUAAUAUGUUUUAACAACAGACUGUUGAAAGUUCAUAUGUACUUGUAUAGUAAAAAAAUAGAAAUCUAUUGAAUUGUUAUCAUUGUUUAUCAAUAAUGUUGAUUAUAAUAAAUUUAUUGUGUGUUUCCUCAUAUGGAUGUGGGUAUGAAACUUGGGAGACAGAUUGUCUAUUUUUAUCAAAGAAUAUUUUUGUGAAUAUGCAAUGUGGUAUUAUUUAUUGAAUGGGUAGAUAAAUGUAAAAUGUAUGCAAUGAUACAAUAGCCUGUGUAUAUUGUUAGAAAAGAAAAAGGUAAAAGAAUGAGUUGUACAAAUUUCAAGACUGUAAAUAUGGAAACAAAGAAGUCAUACUUAGCUGUUAUGCAAUCAGUGGUAUCCUAAAGGUGUCUAUAUAUAGAAUAUAUGUAGCGAGAUUCUAGACGAUAAUACGCCUAGGUACCUACCUAGCUUACGUAUUAAGACAAAAUAAUGUUGAACAGAUUUAUUGUAGGUACCUGAUUGUCUGUCCAAGAAUAAUAUAAUAAAACCAUGUUACUGAAAUUCAUUUUAAAUUCUUUGAACACCGAAUCACAGGGCAAAUAAUUAACCAGUCAAAUAUUACCAGUCAUUUGCAUCACUUGAAUUUACUAGGUAUGUACUUACCUACCAUAAUAGGUAGUAUACCUAUAAGUACGAGCAUACCUAUUACAUUAGUCAUCAUUUGUAAUAUCAAAGUAAGCUUGUCUAUAAGAAUCAUAAUUAUGUCCUAGAUGCAUUUGUAAAGUAAAAGGUACUUCGCACAUUUUCUGAUUAUCGGAAUGCCAGCAUCUUGCUACGAAGGAAGGAAAUGAAAUGUAAUUAUGCUUGUAUCCGAAAUUAUUAAAAAUGUCUGAACAACCUUAUACUUACAUGCAAGACGGUAAUCCUUUUUUUAGAUUAUGAUAAAAGCAUCCUUUCCACUGAAAAAAAGAAGAGUAGGUACAGAAUUUCUGCAGGGUGACUUGUAAAGGCUAAUAAAUAAUACACACAAUUAAAAGUCUCAAGAUUUCUCAAUAUAAAGUAUAUCAUAAUAUCUCAAAUGUUUGACUUUUACCUAGGCUUCGACAUAACUAAUGCUGCAAAUGAACCGUAUAGAAGGUUCACUCAUUACAAGUCACCCUGUAUAUUCAGGUUAGACAUAAAUGAUGGACUUGAUUUUGUUUUUAUUGUGUAUCUUAUUGUUUUGGCAAAUUUUUGUUGUUUAACUUAUUCACAUAGCCAUUUUAUUGUUUGGUUCUAAUUUAUAUGCAUGUCGAUUGUCGGUAUUUAAUAAGAUUUUAAGUGUGUUUUACAUAAGCGAAAUAACGUUUCUAUUUACAAUUUUACAUAGUUUUCGAGCCUGUAACUUACAAAAGUCAAUUUCAGUGUAAAGUAGCUUAAGUUCUACCUAUAAUAAGUACUAAUGUCUCAGCAGGACAGUCUUAUUGUAUUUAGAAGAAAGGGAGGUAGGCAUUUUGGAAACCUCUUUAAAAGAGACAUCCAUUUACAAAAUUUUAUGUGCCUGGCGUUUAAAUAAUGAAUUAUUUAUAUACACAAAAUAUAUUAAUUAAUGAUUAAUCGCUACGCGAUAGUACUACUACGACACGAAAGCUAAAGAUGUGUUGCCAACCUACCUUCUUAGUACUUAUUACCUACACUUUUUCCUCACAUUCGCUUGAUUAGAUGGAUUUAUAUUUCCAUAGUUAAAGUUUUCUGCCUACCUAUACCUUGUUACCAGUUUAACUAAAGCGCUAGCCUCCAUACAUCUUGAAUGCAAACCAAAUCUUGAUACAUGAAGAACCUAAAGUGACUUAAUUAUUGUACGUUGGUCAAUAAUGUGACAUUCAUGUUUACUGUUAUUUUUCAAUAGAAUCAUGUUUGGGGAUCUUUUAUAUUGUUUUAUUUUCAUAAUACUUUCCUGUAAAUACUUGUUUGGGUUUCGCGGUGUUAUUAGUGUUCGUUCGGACUUCGUACUCUACAGGGUGUUAGGUAAAUGGGUAUAUGAGCCGACACUAGCCCAUGUUAACAUGGGCAUAUAAAUGGUAUGGUGAAGUCAGAAAUUUGAUAUCAUCAUUUUAUUUUUUUUAAUUUUCAUACAAAAUAAAUUUUAUAAAAUCCGAUUUGUAUGAAAAUUAAAAUAAAUAAAAUGAAGAUAUCAAUUUUCUGACUUCACCAUACUAUUUAUAUGCCCAUACUAACAUGGGCUAGUGUCGGCUCAUAUACCCAUUUACCUAACACCCUGUAUAGUCCUCAUUCAUGUAAUUAAUAUUAGUUAGGUAGUAAGUGAUAAAGAUGUAAAGAUGUAGGUUGCGCAAAACCGCACUGUUGCAACUGGAUGUUUCAAAUGAAGAAAAUGUGUGUUAACCCUUUUCUUCUCAUUUCCGAUCCAGAAUUUUGAUUCUAUUGAAAAAAGAAGAUAAAAUUAUUCUUCUCGGUAAUAAAUCGGUGCAAAAGACAAUAAUUCUUAAUCAGUACAAGUACUUAUGUAAAUCGGAUAAACAUGUUCUGUUUGAAAACCGCAAAGCCUAGCUUAUCAUCUAAUUACUAUGUAACAAAUGAAACCAAUAUUAAGCUUUCAAAUAAAUAUAUUUUUAAAGCUCGUUAAUAUAAUGAUUAUACUUUUCACCAAUAUAAAGGUACAAAUUCAUGUGCAACAUAAGUCGCUAGAUAGUCACCUCGUAGUCGAGAAGGAUUAAGUCUUGAGGUGCUCCGCGUCAUGGCUCUUGCAUGGUUCACAUUACGCCCGGUGGAUAGCAAAAGUGACUGUGAAGGAGUUGAUUGUAAAUUAGUAAUAGUCGUCUAUUUAUUGUCUGAGUGUGUUGUAUUUAUGUGGCGUAAUAUUGUAAAUACCACUUAGAGUGAAAUUAUUGUGGUCAUGUAUGUACUAUUUCACAUAACUAACUUACUAAGUGCAGUAAACUACAAGGCACAGCGGGGAUCAUCCAACUCGGAUAACUUUCGUCCAUGCCAUAUUAAUUUGUGAAAUUUCCUCGCCACUAAAUUCUUUAUAAUGUAAUUUGUUAUGUUAGCUAACACCAUCAUCACAGCAUGGUUGCGUGAGAUCCCAGGAUACGCCGUGCUUAGUAGUCAGUUGUCAAAAGCAAUAAAAGAAAAAUUAUACCAACCAAAUUGAGAACCUCCUCCUUUUGUUGAAGUUGGUUAAUAAAUUAUCUCAAUCCGCCACGUGACGUCACAGUUUGUUAUUAUAGUCUGGUCGCCGAGCACGUAGAAUUAUGUCCAAUGACCCCAAGCUACCCAUCCUUAACUGCUGCCGCCGUUGCAGUCGCGACAGCAAUAUAAUUACGCGCGAGCGAUAAGGAUAGGUAGCUUGGGGUCAUUGGACAAAAUUCUACGUGCUCGGCGACCAGACUUUAUUAACAGGUACCACUUGCUACUACUGAUUCCGCGCCAAAGGAUUCUGCUUCCUGCACAACCAUGCGGUGUUCUGGUGACAGACGUUAAUGAAGCGUAUCUUUUUAUUUCGAUUUAUUACAUGUUUAAAAGACAAGGUGCGCUCACUUGUUGUGACACUGAAUGAUUUAUAGGCCAUGACGCUGUAAAGCACGGUUUGAAUUUUAUGAGUGGAAAACGUUUAAUUAAGCGUGUUAUGUAAUUACGAUUUUAUGCACUUGUAAUAUUAAUGAUUAAUGCACAUCCUCGUCAUUUCUGCUCCGUGAUAUUAAAAUUACUAAAUACCAAGUGCUGGCAGAUUUUGUUAUUUAUACAUACCUAAACGAUUGUACAUUUUAAUUUGAGUGUGGAUAAUGAAUACUUAUUGACAUGAAAUAAAAUUUAUUUAGCGUUGCAA